CUACACAGACCAAAUCCGCCUGAAAACAUUGUCAGUUAAAAUGCAUUCCUGGUGCAUAAGCAACUUUGGAGGCCCUGAGCAAUUUUGGCUGAACGUUGAAGAUGUGGAUCUACCUGCCCCUGGUUUAAAUGAGGUUUUGAUUAAAACCGUGGCGCACUCCAUAAACCCAAUAGACGAAAAAAUGCUAGGUGGAUAUGGAAACAGCAUCAUGAGUAAAUUUCGGAGCUUCCCUAUCAUCCUUGGUCGGGACUUUGUCGGUGAAGUGUUGAAGAACGGCAAUGGCGUUUCUAAGGUGAACGUAGGCGACAAAGUUUGGGGAGUUGUUCCACUAAAUAAAAAAGGCGCUCUCUCCACACAUAUUAUUGUGCAUCAGGAUCAUAUGACCAAAAAACCAGAGGUCUUAGAUGCCAUGGAGGCAGCCUGUUUGCCAUUUGCCGGGCUCACAGCUUGGUCUGUGCUGUGGUCGCCAAGCUUGGGGAGAAACAAACCUAAGGUGCUUGUGUUGGGUGGAUCUGGAGGAGUUGGUUCAAUUGCGGUGCAAAUGCUCAAGGCCUGGGGCUGCAGGGUCGUUACUACCUGUAGCACUGAUGCAGUUACUCGACUCAACUCUUUGGGACUGCACAAGGUCAUUGAUUACAAGAGCAAUGAAUACAAACAGCAAGUUAUCACUAACGGACCUUACGACUUAAUCUUCAACUCUGCUGGCAUUGAAGGACUGCCCCACGAAGAGUGCUUAAAAAAAUGGAGUUUGGCCAAGUAUGUGACCAUUACGCAUCCGAUGAUGAAGAAUGCUGACCAAUUUGGGCUUGUGCUGGGGAUGUUUAAAAGCUUGAUUGAGUUUGUCUCUGCCAACGUGUACACCCUAAUUACCAAAGGUGCGAUUGUAAAGUGGGGAAUGGUUACUCCAUGCAAAGAAGGAAUGGACGCUCUCACCCUGUUGGCUAACGAUGGGAAGAUCCAGCCUCAGAUACACAAAGUUUUCAAAUUCUCUGAGAUUCCUUCUGCAUUUAAUUGCCAACAAGAAGGACAUCUCAGGGGUAAAAUUGUGAUCCAAAUGGACGAAGAUUUACUUAAAACUGAAUAAUAUUGCAUUAAAAUCCUUUAUUAAAAUUAAUGAGACAGGUCAAUUAAAA